AUGUAUUUGACCACCCAAGUUGCCCGCCUUGUCGAUCCCCCAGCCUCUGCCCUGGCUUCGGAGACGGGGUGGAGGUGGUGCCCCGCGCGGGUUAGUCAACCAUCGUCAUCCGGCCCUUGGGCAACUCAUCACGAUGUUGCGGGUGCCUUCCUCGACGACCUCCGCAUGCUCCUCCAGCGAGCACGACCUCUGACCACAGCAAUGGCCUCAGUCCGAACAACUCGACGAUCCGCACGAGUGGCGGCAGCGACCGCUAACGGGUUCGGCGCAUCCGGAGCGCCGUUGCCCACUUCUGUCAAAGUUGAGGAUAGCACCCCUACAACGCCGACGAAGCCGGCGAAGCGUCGCAAGGUGUCCGCAUCAGAUGCUUCUGCCAAAGAAGAAGCCGGCUCAACCCCAAAGAAGCCGAAGGCGGGAAAGAAGGAUGGCACGAUCCCGCCCCUGACGCGGCACACACCACCGCCGGCUGUUCACUUGCCCACGGCGCUCGCGCAUCUCUCCGCCGCAGACCCGCGCUUCGCCAAGCUCUCGGAGCGCGUGCCGUGCAAGCCCUUCCUGGGGCCCGACGGACGCAAUGGACACAAGGACGAUCCGUUCCGCUCACUCGUCACGAGCAUUAUUGGGCAGCAGGUGUCGUGGAUGGCGGCGCGGAGCAUCACGAAGAGGUUCAUCGAGUUCUUCUGCGGUCCGGUCGAUGGAGAGGAGAGGGGAGACUGGCCAUUCCCGACACCAGAACAGGUUGCAGCGUCAAACAUUCUUGACCUGAAGGGCGUCGGCUUCAGCACACGCAAGUCCGAGUACGUGAUCGAGCUGGCCGGACACUUCGCCGCCGGCCGCCUCUCGACGGAGGCCCUCCUCACCGCACCGGACGAGGACGUUCUCGCUGCCCUGACGGCGGUCAGGGGUAUUGGGAAGUGGACCGUAGACAUGUUCCUAAUCUUCACUCUGCGACGCGGCGAUGUGCUGCCAGUCGGCGACUUGGGAGUUCAAAAAGGUCUUCUGCGCUGGGUACUCGCGGCUCACGGCGCACUGCCGCCUCCGAAGCUCUCCUCGACGCCACGCAAGUCGCUCCCCGCUACGCCUAGCAAGACGCCUGGCGAGCCCGCUGAACCCCAGUCACCAACAGCCUUGACACACACAACCUCAGUGGGAGCCAUGGAGCCCCCAGCCACACCGGUCACCCCGAACAAACGGAGCCUGGAAGCAGCCAGUUCGAGCGCGACGUUGCUGAACGAGCCUGCAACGCCCACACCGGCGAAUGGCCCCGCAGGUAGCAGUAUCUUACCUGCUACGCCAGCACCGCCUCCCGUCACUCCCAGCGCGAGUACAAAUCCCUCCCUGCCGCCUGCUGAGGACGACAGCCUGAUCGCCGUUACGCCUGACUGGAGUUCCGAGCAUGCGCUGAAGGCAGCGCCACUGCCACCAGGACUCGACAUCAGCACGUUGCGAUCCCGCCUCGCGGGCAAGAAAGCCAAGCCGAGCUGUGCGUUUGCUCCAGUGCACGGACGCGAGUGGGUCGGCGGACUAGCCUGUCCGCCGCUGAAGGUGACGUGUGACGCGAUCGGCGGUUGGAACAUGACACUGCCUUCACAUGCCGUGGUUCACUCCAUCUAUCCGCCGCAAUCGCUCGAUGACGAGUGGAACGAUGCUAACAGCAGGGGCGGCGUGUACCUCCUGCCCGAGGAGAUGGAGGCGCUGACGGCGAACUGGCGCCCAUACCGCUCGGUCGGCACGUUCUUCACUUGGGCCAUGGCCGGCGAGAAGUGA